AUGAGUUGAUGCUAUAGUUCAUCAAGAUGCUUUUAACCAUGAAGUUCUUGGUGUUUUUAUUCAUACUUGGCCCUGUUAAAGACUGUUUUGCUGCCAUAAACUUAGAGACAUGUCGAGUUGCGCUGGGUAUGCAGACUAAGGAAAUCAAAGAUGAACAACUCUCUUCUAGUUCUACCUAUAGUGAGGAGUUACUCGGUGCCAGAUAUGCAAGACUGGGUCUGAAUGAAGGUGCAGGUGCAUGGUGUCCGGGAAAUCCCAUUUCCAAAGACCACAACGAUGAAUUUUUGGAAAUCAAUUUAUUAAAGCUGACAGUGAUUUCCUUGAUAGCCAUUCAAGGUAGAGAUAAUGCUGAAAGCAAUGCUGUGGAGUAUGCUACACAUUUCAAACUAGUGUAUUUCAGGCAGAGUGAGCUACCAACCGAUGACUGGCGGCGGUUUGAAUACAGGAACUACUACAAUUAUACGGUGAUGCUUGGCAAUAAUAAUCCCAGCCAGGCCAUAUCUCACAGUAUAUCGCCCCCAAUCAUCGCGGAGAGAGUACGUGUAUAUCCGGUGAAUCCCGUGGAUGUGCCUUUACAUGUCUGUAUGCGAGUAGAACUCUACGGAUGUCCAUAUCAAG